CAACUAUGCGUUUGGUUUGGACAGAGGUCACCAACCCUGCAGAUGAAGAAUACACAAAGUCCUCCGAUCAUCCGCCCUGGUCAUAUCAGAAGACUGAAUACCAACUCCCGUGAUCGCUCAACACUAGAAGAGGACCGUCACAAGUCCAAUAAUCCAGCCUUGAGUUACAUCACAAGUGCUGCAAAGAAGGUAGGUGGAGUUUUUUCUGUUAUUUUCUUUGGACGCAAGAAAGCUGAUCCCUCGUCCAGUCGAGAUCAAGUGCUGCCAGACGCAUGGCAUUAUCGAGCUGGACAGAGUCCUAAUUUCGCAGGUAAUUCUGGAGCUCGUGAUAGUAGGAGGUCAUCAAGAUCAAGGCGUUCCAGUUAUGAUGCAUACCCAGAGGUUGAUCCUGCAAAGUUGAGAGAUAGCUUAGCGUUUAAAGAAAUCUAUAACGCAACAGGAAAUUUCUCCCUAGAUAACAAAAUUGGUGAAGGGGGAUUUGGGACUGUGUAUAAAGGGACACUUAAGGAUGGCCGUGUUGUUGCUGUAAAGCGUGCAAAAAGCGAAACUUAUGAUCAACGCCUGUCAGCAGAGUUCAAGAACGAGAUCCUAGCCUUAUCAAAGAUUGAGCACCUGAGUUUGGUAAGAUUUUACGGGUGUCUUGAGCAUGGAGACGAGCGCCUUAUUAUCGUUGAAUAUGUCAGCAAUGGGACCCUCCGAGAACACUUGGAUGGAACUCGCCCAAACGAGCUUCAAAUCGGAGAGCGAUUGGAUAUUGCAAUUGAUAUAGCUCAUGGCAUUACCUAUCUUCACUCAUAUACAGAUCCUCCCAUCAUCCAUAGAGACAUCAAAGCAUCAAACAUACUCAUUACAGAAAAACUCAGAGCCAAAGUGGCUGAUUUUGGGUUUGCGCGGUUAGCCGCAGAAAACCCUGUGGCCACUCACAUUUCUACGCAAAUCAAAGGAACUGCUGGCUACUUGGAUCCUGAGUACCUGAGGACAUACCAGCUUACUGAAAAGAGUGAUGUCUACUCAUUCGGUGUAUUACUCGUUGAAAUGAUGACGGGCAGGCAACCUAUAGAGUCGAAGAGAGGCCUGGACGAGAGACUUACCACAAAAUGGGCACUUAGGAGACUAAGAAAUGGAGAGGUCGUUGUGGCUAUGGAUCCAAGGCUACGAAGGAGCGUUCCAUCCAUCCACGCAGUCGAAAGGGUCCUCAAACUCGCCCGCCACUGCCUGGCACCAUCAAGACUAUCAAGACCUUCAAUGAGACAGUGUGCAGAAAAAUUAUGGGAUAUUCGACGAGAACUCAGAGAAAAUGCGACUGCUAGAGCUAUUUCCUCUCCCUUCCCCUCUGCCAGGCAGAAUGUGUCUGGGAGUGAAAACAGUGAGAGCUUGAUGUUUGUUUCUGCAUAAGCAGUUUAUUCGCAUAAAUAUAUAUCUACUUGCUUUCACUUUAUCAGACUGUAUCAUUGAAAAUGUGAGACUCGUAUCAGAUGUAUAUACUACCUCCGUCCACCAAAAUUUGUCUCA